UCCAGCGCGCAGUUCGAGCGCUCGGUACGCGGAGCACGAGCUCUUAUUCCCGUGGUGUUUCUCCGGUUUAUCUCCACUGAUGGAUCCGCGGUGACCGGAGGAGCUCAAAUCAGCGAUGGCAUCUUACCAUAGCUUAGAUGAUGACGCAAUGGCUCUGAUGGUCCACGACACCAACGCGGUGAAGAAGGAGGACGAGCCGCUCCAGGAGCCGGGCUCCGAGAAGACCGACCCGGCGCAGAAGCCGCCCUACUCAUACGUGGCCCUGAUCGCCAUGGCCAUCCGGGAGAGCACCGAGAAGAGGCUCACUCUAUCUGGCAUCUACCAGUACAUCAUCACCAAGUUCCCUUUUUACGAGAAGAAUAAGAAAGGCUGGCAGAACAGCAUCCGACACAACUUGAGUCUCAACGAAUGCUUCAUUAAAGUGCCCCGGGAGGGCGGCGGGGAGCGCAAGGGCAACUACUGGACCCUGGACCCGGCCUGCGAGGAUAUGUUCGAGAAAGGAAACUAUCGAAGGAGGAGGCGGAUGAAGCGGCCGUUUCGACCGCCCGCAGCUCACUUCCAGGCUGGGAAGAGUUUGUUUGGGGGCGACGCGUACACCGGGUAUCUCCCCGCGCCGAAGUACCUCCAGUCGGGCUUCAUGAACAGCAGCUGGCCGCUCCCGCAGCCUCCUCCGCCGGCUAUGAGCUACGCGUCCUGCCAGAUGCCCAAUGGCAACAUGGGCGCAAUGAAAGCACUGUCGACCCCUUCGUAUAACCCGUACAGCCGAAUGCAAGCCAUGGGGCUGCCGAACAUGAUGAACUCGUACGGCGGGAUGGGCCACCACCAGCAGUCGCAGCACCAGCAGCAGUCGGCGGCUCCCUCCAACAGCGCGGCCGCUCUGCAGUUCACCUGCUCCCGGCAGCCGGCGGAGCUCUACUCGUACUGGGAGCACGAGGCCAAGAGCUCCGCGCUGCACUCGCGGAUUGACAUUUAA